UCAGGAGAUGACCGUCGCUUAAUGAAGGCUGACCUGCUGAUCUCACUCAGAAUGUCUCUGACUGUUUCUCUGCUGGUUCUGCUCUUCAUCUCUGGAGUUGUUGCUCAGGAUGAGUGGGCUGUGAAUUACAACUCUAAAUCUGUCUGUGCUCUGAAGGGGUCUGCAUUAACUAUGGAGUGUACUUACACACCUCCCAGUGGUCACUCAGUCCAAAAAGCUUUCUGGACUAAAGUGCUGGUUACAUCUGGUUCAGAACCUCCUGAUCUGUUAGAUGAUCCAGAGUACAGAGGCAGAGUUCAGUACCUCGGAGAUGAACAUCGUGACUGCUCUCUCAGAUUUAAGACUGUGACAGAAAAGGAUCAAAGUAAAUAUUACUUCACAUUUAUAACAGACAAACCUGGAGGAAAGUAUCAAGGUGCAGGUGGAGUUGAUCUUUCAGUCACAGAUCUCCAGGUGGAGGUUCCUGAGAGAGUGAUGGAGGGAGAUAAUGUCACUCUGACAUGUAAAACCAGCUGCAGUCUGACAGUCAGACCAACAUUCACCUGGUACAGAAAUCGAAAUUCUUCAUCCUCCAGUACUGACCAGCUCCACCUGCAGUCGGUCAGCAGGGAGAAUAAGGACAGGUAUCGCUGUGCUGUACUGGGCCUGACCUCUCCUGAGGUCACUCUUAAUGUACAGAACAUUGACCCUAAUGCUAAGGACGACACGUACACAGCUCUUGACACCGAUUAUCACCAUGGGAACCACUCAGACUUAACUCAUCCACUCAAGAAAGGAGCGAGAGAGACAGAGAGAGGAGUUGUGGUCCGAGUGUUCAGAGACGAAGUUGUAGUGUGA